ACUUCUCAUAUCACUUCCCUUUGAAUCUAUCUCUCUUUAUUAUAGUAUCUGAGAUAACAACAACCUUGUUCCUAUCUCUUCUAAUUGCUCCUUCAGUGACCAUGGCUAAAUUUCAGAGCUUGCAAAAACACUUGUUCAUUUUUGUAACCCUAGUUGCCUGCUAUGGUUCCCUUGUAGCACAUGGCAGGAAAAUAAAUAUAAAGGCACUGAAGCAGCACCUUCCAGCACUUGAAACAAACUUUGAAUCACCACACUAUGAGGAAUCUAGGAAAAUGGAAGAUUCAGGUGCGGGCUCCACAAAUGCUUUCCGACCCACUACACCAGGAGGGAGUCCUGGAGUCGGGCAUGAAAUGAUUACAUCGUCAAUGGCGGAGGUUUCCAAAUCUGAAGGACCAGGUCACAGUCCUGGAGUUGGCCAUGCUUAUCACCAGAACAAAAUUGGAGAGGGAAUCUAAGCUAUAAUUGGAAGCACCAAAACUAGUGCAGACGCAUGCAUGUGUGCGUAAUAGUGUCAGUCUUUAAUGUUUUCUUUCUCUGCAUGCCAUGGUUAGAUGUUGUAGUAUGAGACCGGCUUUAGUUGCUAUUGCCUGGGUUGGUCUCCCAAAUAUCUAUCAUUCAAUUUGUUAGCAUUUCUAUUUAUAAUUGAGGGCAAAAUAAAUAAAAGAUCUUUUUAAAAAAA